AAACGUAAUAAACAAUCGCCAAAUUGCACAUGGUCGUCUCUUUGGCUUUCAUAACUUGCGUUUUAAAAGUGCAUUACCCUUGCCUUUUGGAUUAACUGCUGAAGGUUCCUCAUUGGAUCAAUCGCAUUGAUUUAGUGCGUAGUUCCAUGCUUUAUUCACACUUUUUCGUUUCAAACAUUUAGCCGCUAGCAGGCUAGCAUUCACUUGACCAGAAUGUGGUCUCUGAAGGUAGCCUAUUCGGCGCUGGGUUUUCCAAGAGUUUACUGGACUAAAAUGAGCAGAUUAUCGACCGAUCGUGUUUAUUUUUCGGCCUGUCCAGCAUCUCCGGAAAAGAUCCCAGUCAUUCGCGUCCCUCGCUCCGUGCAGAAUCGCGUUGAGAACGUGAAGCAAACCCGAGGUAAAAACAACAUCAACACCAGCAAGGCUGGCAAGCUCCUCAUCCAGAGCAGGAACGCCAGUUUGAACCAGUCUGUAGGAUACACGCACGGCAAGUUUGAACAGCCUACACUCUGUUCCAAAGGAUGGAAGCACAAAAAGUCAUUCGGGGAUUAUUUCACAGUCAACAACAUCAAAUCGGUUGCGCCUUUUGUGUCUGGAAGCGAGAAGGAGGAUGAUAUUCAAAAGCCAUUGAAGACUUUCCAUAAACUGCACAUCUCCGGGGAGCUGGUGGAGACUUUGGAACGCUUAAACAUCACUCAUCCCACCACCGUGCAGCUGCAGACCAUCCCCAAGGUGAUGAGGGGUCAUAACAUCCUGUGUGCAGCCGAGACAGGAAGUGGGAAAACAUUGAGUUAUCUCCUGCCGAUUGUGCACAAGUUGCACCUCGAUGAGGAGAUUCAUGAAGAGGGGUCUCCUAAAAUCCGUGUUGUGGUUGUGGUGCCCUCCAGGGAGCUGGCUGAGCAGGUGGCGUCGGUGUCCAGGAGCCUGUGCGCCCCGCUGGGCAUAGUGACGAGGACAGUCGGAGGCGGGCGAGGCGUGGGGCACAUCAAGGGCGUCUUCAAGCAAGGUGUUCCCGACGUUUUAGUAGCCACGCCGGGUGCGCUGGUCAAAGCCCUGCGGAGACGCUUCUUGGACUUGAGGCAUCUUAGCUUCUUGGUGGUGGACGAAGCGGACACCAUGUUCGACCCGAGCUUCGCCGACAUGCUGGAGGACAUCUUGCGGCACACCGAAAUCUCCAGGGGUCCCGGGGAGACGCGAGGCCCCGCCCGUAAGGCCCAGUUGCUGGUGGUGGGCGCCACCUUCCCCGGCGGGGUCAGCGACGUCCUCAGACAGGUGACUGACCUCGGCAGCAUGAUGGUCAUCAAGAGCAAGAUGCUACACUUCCUCAUGCCGCACGUGAAGCAGACUUUCCUCAAGGUGAGAGGGCAGGAUAAAGUCCUGGAGCUCAACCAUUACCUGAAACGACUCCAGCAGGAACAUGGAGGAUCAGGAGAGGACGCCGUCCUUGUGUUCUGCAACAAGUCCUCCACCGUCAACUGGCUGGGAUACUCGCUGGAGGAGAUGGGUGUGCCGCACGCUCGCCUCCAAGGGGAAAUGCCGGCCGUGGUUCGCACUGGCAUCUUCCAGUGCUUCCAGAAGGGCAAGACGAACGUUCUCCUGUGCACAGACGUCGCCUCGCGAGGCCUGGACACGUCCCGAGUGCGCCUGGUGGUCAACUACGACUUCCCAGAGUCGCACACAGACUAUAUCCACAGGGCCGGCCGGGUGGGGAGGGCCGGGGGGUGCGAAGGCGGCGAGGUGCUCAGCUUCGUCACGCAUCCGUGGGAGGUUGAACUUGUACAGAAGAUAGAGACGGCGGCACGGAGGAGGACUAGUUUGCCUGGUAUGGAGUCUGAGAUACGAGAACCAAAACCUGUAAUAGUGGAGACAAAAGUGUAGAGGUGAUGGACAGUAUUGUAUCACAACCUGAACAAUAAUACAUUAACAUUGGAAUAAAUGGCUAGCUAUCCAUUUUCUGUAGCGCUUGUCCUCAUUAGGGUCACAUUUGCGUUGGAGCCUAUCCCAGCUGACUUGGGCGAGUGGACUGAGUUCACCCUGGACUGGUCACCAGCCAAUCGUAGGGCACAUAUACAGGUUGACAAACAGGCAUUCACACAUAUGGACCAUUUUGAUUUUUCAAUUAACCUAACAUGCAUGUUUUUGGAAUGUGGAGGAAGCCGGAAUACCAUGAAAACACCUCAGAACUAUAAGGCCACAUGCUUCCCAUGGAUUAAAUGUUUAUAUACAAUGUGAUCAUUUCUGGGUUAAAUGUUUUAUUUUUUUACAAUAGUUUCUCUGGGGUUUCAUUUAUUUUUAGUUUUGCAUUGUUUCCCGAGAAGAUCUGUGAGGAAUAAAGAUCGCUCUUGAAUCUUGGCGCCACACAGGAUAAUCUUUUAGAGACAUCUGAUAAUCAGGCCUUUGUUGACUUUGAUUGGAGGAGAGAAAAAAUACUCAGAUUUGCGCCUUAGCACGAGAGUCCUCUGGAACUACAACCAUACAACAUUGUUAAAGUGGUACUUUUCUGACAGUAUCAAAGUGAGCAUAAUAUUUUUUAAAGGAUACAAUUGAUUGUGAAAACGGAUGGUUACUGAUCCUUAUUUUUGUAAUUUGAUUUAACUAGCCACAUUUUCUGACAUGUCUCAUGUUAAUUUCUUAUGAUUGUGGAAAACCCCUAAAUAAAUGUUACUUUGCUGUGAGUGUCUUCGCUCACUAUGUAUGAUUAACCACUAGAUGGUAGCAUUUGUCUGAUCCCAGAUUGCUUAGUUGCCAGAAAAUGAUAAAUCCAUGUGACAUUUGUUUUAAAGAGAUGACCCUACCACAGGGUCACUAAUUAAUGCUCAUUUUUAGGGUGUUUUGUGCAUUUUGGUGGCUUCCAUGCUUGCGCUGCAGAAUCACGCCACACUGCACUAAUUAUACACAUCUCCAAUUUCAAUGAAUGAGCACAGGCCUAAACCUGACACCUUAACUCAGUUGUUGCUAUGGUGCGUCUGCAUGGCCCUUGAUGCUCUACCUUGAAUGGUUGCCCCCCCCCCCCCCCCCCCCCGGUCUUUUCCUUUCUUUUUGCCUGCGGGUUGCUUGACGAAAGCAAAGUGUCAGCCUCACAGUGAAGCUUUUACUGCGCUUCUGAUGUUUCGUGGAUAGAAUGUUGCCAUGCAGAUUAUGGAUUAUGCACAUUUGACAGGAAUCAAUCCAAAUAUCUCUUCCCAUAGAUGUCUCAUUCCCACAGUUCAAAUUCUGGGGUUGGGGUGUGGGGCUGCUGGGAGGAACUGUCAAGAUUACAGUAACGGACAGAUGUGUCAACAUGGAGCUUCCAACAGAAUGUGUGGAAUUUUACUUAAAUUCUGAGGCGACUAUUCCCUACUUAUUAAAGCAUGAGUAAGGGGUAUUCCCUGCUACUGUUCUCUAACCGAAGUCCAGUAUAUAAAUAUCUCUUUUAAGAGCAUGCCCAGUGGCUAAACACAAGAUUGGGAUAAAAUGCUGUAUGUAUUAAUUAAUUAAUACAAAAGUG